AUGUCGCGAGAAGUGCCGUUCUACACGCCGUUCUGUGUUUUUCUGCUUUCCUGCGCGACUAUCGUUCUGAGUAUAAAAUGCGUGGAUAGUUUACCAAAUCGCUGUUUACAAAUGAUCGAACUCGAUAUCGAUGAGAUCGAGGAUCAUUUGUCCAAAGUGAAUCUUAUGGAUGUACCUACUGUAAAAAUGAUGGCUGCUGGAUUCAAAUGUCCGAUUUCCGCUCUGCCCUUCGGCGCGUUGAAGUCGGACUGGUCCAGACUUCUGUUGCUUCAGGAAGCCCAACCGAAUGGCUCGAUCAUCAAACAUAAACUCAUUCGACUAAUGCGAAUUUUGAUAAUCGCUUAUUACCAGAUGGAGGAAUCCUUCGACGUGAUCAAGUCCGACGCGCAGAUUUUACAGCAAUCUCCGGGGAAAGAAACGACGACGACAAAGGUCGAUGUCGCGACGGCAAGGCUCCCUUCGAGCUUGAAAGAGGCCGCUGCAACGACGAAAAUAAGUUUCGUUCCGGUCGACGUCAGAAUUUCAAACGCCACGUCGUCGAUCGAUCUUAGCGCGGUGAGCACGCUGUAUCAUCCCGCCGAAACCGGCGCGGAGAACGCCGCUUCCAGGGCGCUCGGUAAUUGCCUGAAGCAGACCCUGAAGGACCUCCUGUCGCGGAACCGUCCGAAUCGAACGAGGUACGGCAACGUCGUCGUGUUCGAGGGUUCGAAGAGCAAAAAGCACGGCGAGCGCGUCCACCACCGACGACGUAAUGAAAUCAACGGCCGCGCGAAAAACGCCGACAUUCCGGCGAAGAUAUCACCGCCGGCGAAUGACUUUUGGAGAUACGCGCACUUUCCUGCGGGGCUGCCGUUAACUAUCUCCUCCACUACUGCGCGACCUUAUCGAGAGCAGGGAUUAAAUGGAUUUAGGACGAAUCCCCGGAAGUCGCGGAAACGCGCGGGCUUGAAUAGCGACGGUCAUACGAAAAGCCGCGGUCAGUUUUACGGCGCCUGACAAAAAUAAAGAAAAAACGCUGAAGUCGUGAGGAGAUACGCGGGUAAUAAAAGCGAUAUCGCGAUCGAGCCGGCGGGGAAAAAAGCGAAACGGUAUUAUCGCUGAAAAAUGCAACACCUGUCAUUUUUUCGCAUUUCGCAUUAC